AUGAAAGUGUGCCGGCGGAAAGCGCUGGCACUGUGCCUGGGCUACGCGCUCCUGCUGCUCCUCGCCGCCCUCAACCUGCUGGAGUACAAGUGGCGGCGGGAGCCGCGGCGCUGCGGGGAGCCCCCGGCCGUCCCCCGCCAGCGGCCCCCUCCGCCGCCGGCCGGGAGCAGCGCUCCGCAGGGCGGGCGGCGGCAGCUGGUGUACGUGUUCACCACCUGGCGCUCCGGGUCGUCCUUCUUCGGGGAGCUCUUCAACCAGAACCCCGAGGUGUUCUUUCUCUACGAGCCCGUGUGGCACGUCUGGCAGAAGCUGUACCCCGGGGACGCCGUCUCGCUGCAGGGGGCGGCCCGCGACAUGCUGAGCUCCCUGUACCGCUGCGACCUCUCCGUGUUCCAGCUGUACAGCACGGCGGGCGCCGGGAAGAACCUGACCACGCUGGGCAUCUUCGGGGCGGCCACCAACAAGGUGAUCUGCUCGUCUCCGCUGUGCCCGGCCUACCGCAAGGAGGUGGUGGGCAUGGUGGAUGACCGCGUGUGCAAGAAGUGUCCCCCGCAGCGCCUCAGCCGCUUCCAGGAGGAGUGCCACAAGUACCGCACGCUGGUCAUCAAGGGCGUGCGCGUCUUCGACCUGGCCGUCCUCGCCCCGCUCAUGCGGGACCCCACCCUGGACCUCAAAGUCAUCCACCUGGUGCGGGACCCGCGGGCGGUCGCCAGCUCCCGCAUCAAAUCCCGACACGGCCUCAUCCGGGAGAGCCUGCAGGUGGUGAGGAGCCGUGACCCCCGCAUCCACCGCAUGCCCUUCCUCGAAACCGGCCACAAGCUGGGCGGGAAGAAGGACGGCGGGGGCGGCUCGGACUACCAUGCCCUGGGUGCCAUGGAGGUCAUCUGUAGCAGCAUGGCCAAGACCCUGCAGACCGCCCUGCACCCCCCUGACUGGCUGCAGGGCAACUACAUGGCCGUGCGCUACGAGGACCUGGUGAUGGAGCCCAUCAAGACCCUGCGGCAGGUGUACGGCUUUGUCAACUUGGCGGUCAGCCCGGAGAUGGAGAAGUUCACCCUCAACAUGACCAGCGGCCCCGGCUACUCCUCCAAACCCUUCGUGGUAUCGGCCCGGAAUGCCACCCAGGCGCUGAGCGCUUGGAGGACUGCGCUCAGCUUCCAGCAGAUCAAGCAGGUGGAGGAGUACUGCCAGCAGCCCAUGGCCCUGCUGGGCUACGAGCGGGUCGGCAGCCCCGAGGAGGUGAAGGACCUAAGCAGAACGUUGCUCAGGAAGCCGCGGCUGUGAGCGGGCAGUGCCGCGUGGCCGAGCCCCUCUGGGCUGGUGGGAGUGUGGGGGCCAGGAGCGGGUUCUGGUUUCCUCCAAAGACUGCUGAAGGGUAACAUGCAGUAGUAAUGUGAUGAUUUCUGUUUUGUUUUUUUUUUUUCUUUUUUUUUUCUUUUAUUUUCCUUCACUUGCAUUGGGUUAGAUGCGAUUUAAAACAGAAAAUAAAGUGGAACUGAAAAUGUGUGGAAGCUCCCUUUCCCCUUCUCUAAAAUGCCGGGGGAGCCUCCCUGCCAAAACCUUCUUUAUGGAGUUUGUGUGGGCUGGAAGGUGGUAGCAAAAACUCCUGCACAAUUUCUCGUCCAUUCUUAUCUCCCUGGGUGCAGAGGAGAUGCCCUUGGGAAGCAAUGCUGAAAAUCAGGCUUUUGUAUGGAAGUAAGUGUUAAGACGUGAGAGAAACAAACAAUAAAUGAUAUUCAUUUUUAUUAUUACCUCAAUUGUUUGGGAAUUACAGUGUUGCUGAUGUACAGCUGGAGGGGAGGCUUGCUGGGAAUAGCACCGAGGGCUUUCCUAAGGUUACGGGCAGAGGGCUGGAGUGUAACACUGGCGUGUCUGAAGAUGGAAGGCUGUUCGUGCACAAACAGGGACGGACUCACAGAUGCAGUGCGGGUUCUGUAGCUGUGUCAGAGCAGGCUUCUAUUUAACAACCGUCUGUUGUUGUUGUAUUUAAAAAGUCUUUAAGUGCCACUGUAUUAGCGUCCUAGGAGUUCUGAAGUGUUUGCCACCAGAGCAGUAUUUAUUUUUGUCUUGAUGUGUAUGCCUGGGAGUCGCCAGAAGUGUGACAAAGCUGCAGGAUUAAAAAAGACAUUUAUCAUAUUGGAAACAUUAGCAUGUGUGAAAACAAUUAAAAUUAUAUAUAUUCUAUAGUGCUAACAAUACGGUGAGAUAUUUAAGAUAUUUCUUGACGUUCAUUGGUAACAGGCGUAGCAGGGAAGCGUAGAAAAACGCAUAAAAUGUUGUAUUUUCCCCCUUGUUUGAGUGUCUGAGGGUGUGUUUCUGUUCUGAGGAGGGAGAACGCGUGCAGCUGUGUGUUCAUGGCUGUAAUGGAGCUGUGCGGAGCCAACCGAGCGCGUGCAUUCAGAGCGCUGUUAGGUGCUCGCUUGUGUGAAUUGUCACUGCUCCGCAGUGGAGCCAGAUGGUGGUCUGGCUCUGCCUGGGAGCUCUGCCGAGAGAGACUGUCCUGUGGUUAAACUUGAUGAAGAAUAUGGGGUUUUGCUACUACUUUUAUAAUUUCCUGAAAAAGUCCUGGUUUAAUAAAGGUCAUGUGAUGGUUGCACAUGGGAA